AUGAAUCAAGCGAAUAAAUGGAGUAAGAUUCCCAAAUAUGAUUCUUUCGCGCAAGAAGCAGUAGAAUCAAGAUUCAGCCUUGACAAUAACUGGGGUAAUUGGCCUAUUAAUUCAAAUUUAACAUCUAGUGCGCUAUUUCCUGACAAUUCUGAUGACAAAUUUCAAAAUUGGCAAAUCGAACCACCGACAACUGAAGAGACGCUAUCAAUUAAUAAAUCUUUAAUCACUUCUGCUACUUCUACUAAUAUCAGUAUUGAAUCCAACGAAAAUCAGAAUAUUUUAAUGAAUGUUCUGGAAGGAAUGAAAUUUUGGCCUGGACUUUUCCCGAUAUUUUUAAAUAAAACAAUUCCUGAAAUCACUGCAAAUAUUUUGACAACAACAGCAAUAGAUGCGAAUGUUCAAAUGAAUUCGACUCCCGAAUGGAAAAAACCAUUGGAAUUAGUUCGAAUAUUUGCUACACAAUCACAAACUCUAAAACCAAUAACUGAUACGGUAGUACACAUGGAAAUACAAUAUGGUAAUGAAGUACCUUUCGGGAAUACAGUAAAUCGUUCUGUUCAAAUCGGUGACAAUAUUUCACUGGUAAUACGAAGUAAAUCACUCAAUUCAAAAAGUGAUAUUUAUAACUUCUUUGUUCAUUCCUGUUACGCCAGUGAUAAGGAUGGUAUCGAAAAACUUAUGCUUAUUGAUCGAUUCGGGUGCUCAGUGCAACCCAAAUUAACCGGACAAAUGAUUCGAAUGAAAAACGCAGGACAAACCUAUUAUUAUUUCCGGGUCAACGCCUUCAAAUUUCCUGGAGCCGAUGAUGUUUAUUUCACAUGUGCCAUUGACAUGUCUGAAAAUGAACAUUUUCCGGUACUAAUUUUAUUUGACAAAUAUGAGAAUAGGUAG